AUGGCAAGCGUGCUGCGAGUGAAUCAGCUAGAUGCACGGCGGUUGGAUGGCGAGAUCACCUCCAUUCUGAGGCAGCAGCUGCUCGAAGCCACGGCGUUGCAAUGGUCACUAGAGCCCUUCGUCCCAGAGCUCGACCUGCUCCUGAAAGCCACUCUGUGGAGGUACACAAUUUGGAUUGACGAGCCCACGCCCGGUGGACGCUUGCAGAACGUGCGCCAUGCUCGCGUAAGCCCAAAAGGGCAUGUGCAGCCUUUGACUCACGUGCAGCGCAUUGGCUUCCUGGUGCUUUGGGUCAUCUUCCCGUGGCUGUCAGCGCGACUUCAGGAUAUCUGGCAGCACUUGGACGUCCCGGAGGACUCAUUCCCGCAACGGCUGUGGAAUUUGCUUCGACGCCUACUUCCUCGAGCAACGGCUUUACAUUCCAUCCUAGUAGUUUGGAAUUUCGUGCUUUUCCUGAGGCAUGGUGAAUGCAGCGAGCUGCGCGACAGACUUCUUGGCAUUCGGAUGGUACACAUCGAUCCAAAAGCUCGUCGACAGGUUGCCUUUGAGUACAUGAAUCGUGUCAUGAUUUGGAACGGGCUUUCUGAGUUCCUUCUGACUGUCAUGCCGCUGGUCAAUUUGUCCCGUCUGCGCCGAUCCUUAGCAAGGCGGCUCCUGCCAAAGGCAGCACACGCGGAUGCGGCAAGGGCCGAGCUUUGCUGUGGAUUCUGCGGAGCUUCGCCGAUGACGGUGCCGACGCGAACAAACUGCAAUCACGUAUUUUGCUACUACUGCGUUGCCAGUGAGCUGAUGGAGCAACCCCAGGCCUUAGCAUGUCCGCAUUGCGGAGAGCAGAUCCAGAAGUUGAGGCAUGCGCGGUGA